AUGGCCGGGUCAUUGGAUCAGCACAUUCGUGGCUAUACAGGCCCUCUUCUACUGAAACGUCUUCACCAUAUUGCCACAUGCGGCUCUCCUCUUGCAGUAGAAGCAUCCAGAAAGGGGUUACAAUUACUCAUGACUAGCGAAUUUAUUGAGAUGAAUUUCAAGGGGUCGGCAGCAUUUCUAAAAGUCCUAGCUAACCAGGGAGAUGCAAGCUCUUUGAUUGCCGAUUUCAGCGACGUGAAUAGGCCAGAUCCACAGGUUCUGCUGGCCAGUAUCGAUACCGAGAUUUCAGCAUAUCAAUCCUGGCAAAAGGGAUCAAUGGAAUCUCUCAAAACACUUCUCCAGAGAAGAUCAACGUUGCUUAUGUUAGACUGCGAUGAUGAUACCCAGGAGUCGAUGGUAACCUCGUUAAGUAUUCCUGGUGAAUUUGCCCGAAAGUAUGUUGCCAGAGAAAGUGAGCUGACCACUGUGGAGUUUAUGUAUUUAGACAGACCGGACUCGGCUCUCAAGAAUUUGCGGCAGAGUCUGGCGUUGUUCUGCAAGAUUGCCAAGGACUCGGAGGAUGACAUAGACAUGGACUCCAACGUGAGCGAUACCGAGAGUACGACAGAACUAAGCCACGAGGAGGUGGUUGCAUAUUGGAAUUGUCGAUGGAUGAACCUGUUCGUCAAUUUUUAUGCGGGGCGGUUUUCGGUGGUGGCCAAAGAGUACCAAAGUCUUCUUGACAGUUCUUCCAUAAAGGGUGUAACUGCAUGCAAUGUCUUUGAGAGUGACCACUACAAUCCAGUCCUUAUCUCCAAGAACGGCCUUUUGAAAGCAAUCAUGAUAUCUUCGCUUAUUUCGUGCACACUAGAUGAUCUGGAAAAAAUCACAAAGACAGAUGUCUUCGAGUCGUUCAUGGAUGAAGACGUUUUGUGUGCCGAGCUGUAUCGGGCAUUCUCUGCAUCUGACUACAAAUCCUCGAACGAAAUUAUAGACCAGCUUGAAGAGCAGUUGAGGCUUGAUCCUUUCUUUUAUUCGCUGAUGCCAACUAUACAGAAGUUCAUCAGAUAUAAGGAGUACAUCUGUUAUCUCUCGUUGGUCCAGCAAGUGUCUAUAUCUCAUAUGGCUGACUUCGUGGGAGUGGAUUCAAACACACUGGUAAAAGAACUUACAUACUUGAUGACGGCUUCUGGACUUCACAUGGAAUACGAUGCCGUUGCUGGAGUACUUCACCAUAAACCUGUGCCUCCAAAUCAAGAGUUGAAAGUUCUUUUCGACGGUGUUCUGGAACUCAACAGAAGAUCGGCUGAUCUUGAAGCCUCUGCCCGACUGAAGAGCCUUGUGCUGUCGUCUUUCGGAAAUUAG